AUGGGCACCCAUAGCAAGCUCCAACAGAAGAUUCGCCGUGGCUUCCAGGACUUCCAACAUGCCUUUUCCAGCAGGCAGGCUUUUGUGAAAUACAUCGAGACGAAGCCCGAUGCUUCCAGCACUGCAACCGGUUCCCGCAACCAUUGGACGAACGAAGACCUCGACGUCAGCCCCCAGAGCCAUCACACAUGGGGUUGGUAUGACUAUGCCGCCUUCUGGUGGUCUUAUGGUUUCUCACCAGGCUGCUGGUAUCUUGGGGCCGCGUUGCUUGCCAUCGGACUGACUCCAGGGCAAGCAUUGGGAUGUCUGUUCCUGGGAUUCUGCUUUGGCUCUUUGGGGAUCGUCAUGCAUUCCAGAGCCGCAGCCGUCUACCACUUCGGCUUCCCUGUCGAGACGCGGAUCGUUUGGGGUCUUCGUGGCGCAUAUUUUCCGAUCUUGAUCCGUGCCCUUUGUGCGCUCAUCUGGGCCGGCGUCACCAUCGCGCAAGGUGGCUAUUUCACUGCGGUCGUGCUGCGAUGUAUCUUUGGCAACAGUUAUUGGCACCUACCUAACCACAUACCAAAGAGCUCCAACAUCACCGUACAACAGCUCAUAGGAAUGAUUGUCUAUUGGGUCAUGACAUGUUGGACACUCAAUGUACCGAUUCCCAAACUCCGGAGAGCAUACGAGAUUCAGAUGCUCGUUCUUCCUGCUGUGAUCAUUGGUCUUUUCGCCUUUUGCAUGGUGACCGGACGAGGCCAUCCACACAAGGAUCUGUACGAUGUUGAACACAAGCACGGAGCGGCGCUGUCGUGGGCAUUGCUUUCCGCCGUCAACUCGGGGCUGGCCAAAACAACAACCCUCAUGGUAAACCAACCUGAUAUUGCCCGCUAUGCUCGCAGCAAGAUGGCCCCGGUCUGGUCGCAGCUCGUUAUGUUCCCUGUGGCAAGUACUGUUUGCGCAGCCAUGGGUAUAUACGCCACCCAGAGCAUCUACAAUGCAUGGGGCAAUAUUGACUGGAAUCCAUGGGACCUGAAUCAUGACAUGCUCGACCACAGUUUCAGCCACGGUCGCCGAGCCGGCAUCGCGAUCAUCAACCUUGCUUUUAUCUUCGGAAACGCCCUUACCGAGCUUGGAGCGAAUGUCAUCCCGUUCGGGGCGGACUUUAUGUCAUUGUUUCCGAGAUGGCUCAACAUCAAACGAGGCAUGUGGUUAUGCUAUAUCCUCGGGGUGUGUAUUUGCCCAUGGCAGAUCUUGGCGACAGCAACAGCUUUCCUUGAGUUCUUGAAUGGGUAUAGUAUCUUCUUGGGACCUUUCCUUGGAAUGGCCUUGACGGAUUACCUUGUGGUUCGCAAAGGAAAUGUCUUCGUCCGAGAGCUGUACCAAGUGAAUGGCAGGUACUGGUACUUUCACGGCGUGUCGUGGAGGCCGAUUGUAACAUGGCUUUUCUCUGUCGCUUUCAUGCUCCCUGGGUUUGCCGAAACAUUUGGCAGGCAAAUUGCAAAUGGCGAGGGAUGGACGCACCUCUACGCUUUCAGUUGGUUCUACACGUGCACCAUCAGCAGUGUCGUCUACUUUGCCUUGUCGUUUAUCGGGAAGUACGGUAGUGAGGAGAGAAGUAUGCCAUUUGAGAGCCUCGCAAGGUCUGAUCGCGUUGAGGAGGUGCAAACAGUCGAAGGACAGAGCGACGUAUCAGAGGUUAAUCUCAGCAUUGAACAGAAGAUGAGCUCGCCCGUUUCGAAACAGUCCAUCCUCCACGCCUACCGCCACCUCUAUCGUACCUCCCUUCGCGCAGUCAGAUACGCACGCCCCGCACGCUACGAGAUCCGCGACAUCUUGCGCGAUGCAUUCCGCACCUCAUCGCCCGCACAUUUCAAUCGCCGACGCAUACAGAAUACCCUGAAAUUCCUGGAGAAUGCAAGAAAAUACAAUGGAUUUGAACACAGAAUCUUGAAGAAUUUGCUGCAUUUGCAGUUUUGGAAGGUCAAGGGUUUGGACAAGCACCUGAUCAAGAACUCGAAUACUUUGGAGGCCGUUGAGUCUAGGCGUCAGAUAUGGCAUCAGUAUCGGGCGACGUUGACCAUGUUGAAUGAGAGUUUGGAUAUCUGCCUUACGAUAUGA